ACACUCCGAGACAGUGGAGGCAGCAGAGGGGAAGGAAACAGGAAAGAGGCCACGGGCAGGAGGAGGAAGAGGAGGAGGAAGAGGAGGACGGGCUCCCAUAGUGCUCUGCACUGCCAACGUAGGCAAACAGGAACAUGGCUACCGGCGUUUAACGCAAGCUGACCGUGUUGAAACACUCUUCUGUGGCUGUACGACAUCCACCGUGUCUCCGCGACAGAAGAAGCCCCUCCUCGCAGAUUAAGCCAGCGGAGCCGCAGAGUCAGUGAACGCAUCUUCUGCUCCUUCAUCACUCACAGUUCAGCUUCAGGUCAAAAUGGCAAGUCCAAGGACCAGAAGAGUUCUGAAGGAAGUGAGAACCCAGGAUGAGAAUAAUUUGUGUUUUGAAUGCGGGGCUUUCAACCCUCAGUGGGUUAGUGUGACCUAUGGCAUCUGGAUUUGUCUCGAAUGCUCUGGAAAGCACAGAGGCCUGGGAGUGCAUCUCAGUUUUGUGCGUUCUGUUACCAUGGACAAGUGGAAAGAUAUUGAGCUGGAGAAGAUGAAAGAAGGAGGAAAUGGGAAAUUCCGCUUGUUUCUCGAACUCCAAGACGAUUAUGAUCCCAACUGGACUUUACAGGAGAAAUAUAACAGCAAAGCAGCUGCACUCUUCAGAGACAAGGUUGCAACUUUAGCUGAGGGUAAGGAGUGGUCCAUUGAGACAUCACCAGCCAGAAACUGGACAUCUCCUCAACCCAAGAUGAGCCUUUCGUCCUCUCACCGCCCGGGAGGACCUGGACAAAACUCUGCUAAAUCUAGUGACAAAGCUUUUGAAGACUGGUUGAGUGACGAUGUUAAUUCCUAUCAGAGUGGAGGAGGUUACAGCGGCAACCAAGAGAAUCGGUAUGUUGGCUUUGGCAACACAGUGACCCCGGAGAGGAAAGAGGAAGACUUCCUGAACAACGCCAUGUCUUCUAUUUAUUCGGGAUGGAGCAGUUUCACUGUUGGAGCUAGCAAGUUUGCUUCUAUUGCUAAAGAUAAUACGAGUAAACUGGCAAACCAAGCAACUUUAAAGGCCACAGAGUUAGGACAGACAGUAAAUGAGAAUAUUAUCAAACCUACACAAGAAAAGGUGAAAGAUGGCAAAUUGCUAGAUGAAAUGACAGUCAGCAUCACUGGGCUGGCAAAUAAGUUCCAGGGAGCUGGUUCCAAAUUGACGAAUCUCUUCUCGGGAAAACCAGAAGAUGGGUCUGCUGGAGAAAGCUAUCAGAACAUGGAUGCCACUGAGGGAUAUCAGGGCAGUUCUAGCCAGCCUGUCUCAAAGGACUUCUGGGAAACCUUUGGCAGCAACAACUCCUUAAAGGCCAAGAAGUCUCCUAGCAGUGACAGCUGGACCAUGGCAGAUAACUCUGCAAAGAAGAGCUCUGACAGUUGGGACAAUUGGGGCUCCGAAGCAGCGUCCAACAACAAACACAGCACGGAGGAGAGCUGGGAGGCUUGGGACAACAACUGGGAGAAUGCCGAUGGUAAGACAAAGACAAAGAGUCCCACAAAGCCCGCUGAGGAUGCCUGGGAUAAUGCAGACUGGUAGUGACCUAACAACCAUACCUCUCACAUGUUUCCCCUUUUUCUGGCCUUCUCCCUCUGUUCAUCUCACUGGCACUUUCAGGGAAAGAGCUGUGUUAGCUUAGUUCCUAUCAAUCCAUAAAAAAUUGUAUUUAUUAUGAACCUAAGAAACAAUGAAGAAAGCCCAGGGUUGAAUAAAGCUCAUUAUUAAAUAAAUGUUCUUGAAAAAUACAACUAUAUUGACUUCAGUCAUGUAUAUUAUUGUAAAUUACCUUCAUCACUGGGAAUUACGAUAGAUCAGUGUAGAUAUGGUCAUAAAUUUACUGCCUGAACUCCUUAUAUUAUUAUAUAAUUAUAAAACUAUUAAUGGUGAACAAGAUGGAGUUCAUAGUGUAUUAUGGGUUUAAUGAUACUGGUUUUCAAUUCACCAUGUAAAAAUGAUGCAUGAGAUGAAAAAUCUAAGAUUGUAAAUAUAAUUCCAUGUAAAUUCAGAAUGAUUGACUCGACACUAAUCACAUUAAUCACAAUUAAAUGACUGACCCUCAACCUUUUACACAUUUUGUUUUCAUAAAAUUGAUUUUGAAAAGCUUUUUUUUUUUUUUCUACAAAAUACUCAUUGUAAUCAUAAAAUGUUAUAUGAGAUUUAUGGACAAAUUUAACUAUGAGACAAAUUGGCUACCAUUAAUCAAAUAUGUUAAUAACAAUGAAAUAAUCUAAUAAGUCAUUUGUUAGGGAGUUCUGUAUUAUCUGUGUGUGUUUGUGUAGUUUUGUUCUUUUUGGGGUUUUUUUAAUUAAAAAGUGCAAAUGGUCAAGGGGAUUGAUAAUUCCAUCAUUUAAUCUUCCACCCGGAUGUUGAGAUUAUUAUAGAUAUUGCUUUUGGGUAAAUGGAUGUUUCAUGCUGGCAUCAUGCAAAAACGACUUAAAACAUAUUUCAUCUAAACUGAUGUAUAUAGUUAGUUACAUACAUAUGACUUGUUGAAACUCAUUUUGACUGGAUACUACAAUAUUGUGAUACUGUUGAUUAUAAUAAUUCACUUUUUACAUCCUCACUGUUGAUCAUUGACAACAGCUCAACACUUAAUUGUGAUUCCCAUUCAGAUGCAUUCAUAACAAUGGUCCACAGUGACACUUGAUGUAUUCUUGCAGCAGUUUGUAAUUUAUCACAUACUUUUCUAUUUGACUUCACAACUGAAAUUAGGAGGAUUUUUGUUUUGUUCGUUGUUUCUUUAUCUUAUCCUAAAGCUGACUGAUGCUGUUUUUAAGGAAACCUGUUGGUCAUGAGAUGUUGUUUCAGUCAUUAUUUUCCAGUUUUAUGUUGAAGACACAAACAUUUGAAUAUUUUAAAUAAUCAGUGUUUAAAGAUUGUAUAUAGUAAAUUUCAUAUAAAAACCACUCAUUGCAGGUUUGCUGUAUAUGCUGUGUGUACUGUAUGCGAGGUGUGUUUAACCUUGUCAUAGAGUGGGAGUGUAGGUUGUUAUCUGAAUGGGUUUGUGACCGCUGAACCUGUAACUCUGAUGAAGCAACCCGGUGUCAAGUCAAGUGUCCCUGCACCUUGUUCGUUAUGUAUUGUGAGGAGUUGUUGUCUUAUCUUCACACCUGUGCUAACAUCUAAAUUGUGAAGUAAUGAUAAUACGGCUCAUUAUACGCUGGAUAAUUAGAUAGUCCGCUCUCUGUUAUGAAUUAAUUAAAUCAAGUAGUACUGGUGCAUCCUCAGUCAUACAAAAUGAGCACUGUUCAUCAUAAAAAGCAUUUUUCAAGUAGGGAUGUAAUUAGUGUUAAUUUGGAAAUCAAGUCUAUUUGGUCAUUCUAAAAUUUAAAUUGGCUGUCAGGAUUUAGAAUGAAUACGUUUUGCAGCAUGUAACUUCUCUUUGUGGCCUUAGAUUCUCUAUAACGGAGUGUCUUUUUUCCUACUGUAAAGUUUUGUUUGUAUUAUGUAAUACCCUGCAGAUGCUCAGUUUCAUAAAUUCAGCAAACUGCUCAGAUUUAAAUCAUGCUAGAUUCAACAGUUCUUAGUUUCUUGGUAAUUUCUACUGUAGAGUCUAAAUUUAAUGAUUAAUAUCAGAGGAGAUACUAUCAUACUUCAAGUCUUUGAAGUAUGAUAGUAUCUUGAAGUCUUGCUCAUUGGCCAGUAGUCAGUCUUGAGCUGCUCACAGGGCAGUGUGCCACUGUUAUCGAGCUGCUGGAUUAUUGUUUGUCAUUAGGAUGUAAAAACAUUUUGCUGUACCUCGACCCUGCAUGUGGUCCUCAACAGGCCUUGUGAUUGGUCAAAUUACAUGUUGCUGUCACAGAUUGUGACCAGUGAGGGAAAACUUGUGCGAACUUCAUUCCAUGCCCAUUUCCUACCUCUUAAGAAGUCGUCAGUUUGCUGAUGAGUCUCCAGUCGUGAACAUGUUUUCAUUUUUUCUUGUCUCACCCUCUCGGUAUGGUUUGGAUGUUGAACAUUAAAACAGGUUCAGAUUGCAGAGACCCAUCCAAGCGUGUAACAGCAGUUAGUUUGGUCCACAGUGUUGGUGUGUUUCAUCAGUGACAAAACAAUAAUAUAAAAACGUAUCACUCCUGAAACAUUUGUGUUGCUUAACCUCUGCGGUCAUGUGUUCAUGUAUGCUUGUGUGUUUAACAUGCCUUAAACAGCUGUGUUUGCUUUUUGUUAAUAUCGAUGUCAGUUUGCGUGUGUGUGUGCGAUACAGUGAGUUGUAAAUGUCAGUAAAUCAUCUAUGAUAAAUUAUACAUCAUUACCCUCAACUUUACUUCCUAUUAUUGAAGCGUUGUCACUUGUUUGGUAUUCUUCUUUUUAUUUUCUGAUGGUACGUAUGACAGAUAAAUUGCCAGGAAAUAAAUAGAAGACUGUGCCGUGAUGUCUCAGAGUUUAAAAGGGACUGAAAGAGCUUGUACUUCUCAAAUGCUGUAGUUUUACUUUUGACGAAUGUUCUUUAGGGGUUAAAAUCGGAGAAUGUCAAAUGGAAUGAAAUGCAUCCAAUAUGUAUUGAUAUAACUUAAUAAUUUAAAAAAGUAUUUUCUUGCCACAUAGCCUGAAUCCAAACUUUAACUUUCCAUAGCAACAGUUUAGCUCAGUGUCUGUGCCUGUCGAACAUUUGAGACCGGGUAUGUCCGUGCUUGUUGAUGAAACUGUCAGAAAUACUAUUUUUGAUGUCAUGCAUGAGGUGUAACAUGGAACUAAACACUUUCAGCUGUUCUUUGAUUUCCAUACGUCGUUUCCCCAGUGAAUUGAAUUGCAGUUGUCUGCUUACCCCCCUUCAAGUUUCACCAGCAGCCGUCCCUCGAGGUGAGCCAGUGUUACAUGCUCAGUCGAAGCUGUGGAUAUUUUUCCUGUACACAUGGUUUCUGUGUUGAAUAAAAACGUAUUGUGUUGUGA